AUGAGGCCUUCGUGCGUGCUAUUGCCUCGCUGCAGCAGCAGGAGCGUGGGCGGCGGCGGCGGCGGCAGCAGCAGCAGCAGCAGCAACAGCCGCAGCAGCAGCAGCAGCAACAGCAGCAGCAGCACGAGCAGGAGUCGAAUACAGGUAGUCUUUCGGCUCUGCAUGAGCUGCUGCCGCGAGAUGCUGCUGAUAACAGCAGCAGCAGCAGCAGCAGCAGCAGCAGCAGCAACAGCAGCAGCAGCAGCAGCAGCAGCAGCGUCAGGUGGUUUUCGCAGGCAUGUGUUUCUACGCAGUUUGUGCUUAGCCUUCAAAGCAAAGCAGCAGCAGAGACAGCAGCAGAAGGAACAGCAGCAGCAACACAAGCAGCAACACCAGCAGCAGCAGCAGCAACAACAGCUGCUGCUGGUUGCAGCAGCUUGCUGUAUGCGGCUCGGAUUCCUCAGUGUCAGAGAAACGCUGCUGGAGGCGGGUGAGGAAGCAGCAGCAGCAGCAGCAGCGGCAGCAGAAGCAGCAGCAGAAGGUGCUGCUGCGCCGCCUGCAGCAACGGAGAGUGUGGCAGGCCCUGCUGCAGCAGCAGCAGGUGAAGCAGCAGCAGCAGCAAAGGCCGCUUUUGCUGUUUCUCGCCUGCUGGAGCAGCUGCAGCAGCAAGAGCAGCAGCAACAGCAGCAGCAGGGGGAAACAGCAGCAGCAGCAGCAGCAGCAGCAGAAGCAGCAGCAGAUGUAGAGAGGUUUACGCGGUGUCUCACGUGGUCCUCCGUCUGCAGCAGCUUUGCUGCUGUUGGCUUCUGCAGCAAGCUGCAGCAGCAGAUAGCGAGGGGCCUUAUUGUUGCUGCUGCUCUUCCUUGUGUCUCCUUUCUUCCCCUGCAGCCAGAAGACAACAACAGCAGCAACGCUGCAGUGGUGCGGGACUUUUUUUUCUUUUGCUGCUUGGAGGCGAUGGGUUCUUCUGCUGCUGAGACGGAGCGGUAUUUCGUGUCUUCUCCUUUUCUUUGCUUCAAGGCAGAUUUGUCUGCUGCUGCUGCAGCACGCCGUGCUGCUGCUGCUGCUGCUCAGGUGUAUAGGCACCUCGUCGCCUGGGUUGCGGAGCUGGGGGGCCGGCAGCUGACUGCUCUUGCUGCUGCAGUGCAGCAGAUGCAGCAGAUGUCUGCAGCAGCAGAACCAGGCGAGUUGCUGCUGCCCUGCUGCUGCAGCAGCUGCUCCAACGCUCACAACGAAGGAGCAGCAGCGGCAGCAGGUUCAUCAGGUGCAGCAGCAGCAGCAGCAGCAGCAGCAGCAGCAGCAGAAGGAACAGCAGCAGCUGCAGCAGCAACGCCAGAAGAAGGAGAGAGAAAACCGGAAUCUUUCUUUAGCUGCAUCGACAGCAGCAGCCUGCGGCGACGCAUGCAUUCUAUCUUUGCUGCUGAUUCCUCCUCAGCUGCAGCAGCAGCAGCAGCAGCAGUAGUGCUGCUGGAGGCAGCAGAUAUCCUACCGGAUACAGAAGAAGACGCAGCAGCAGCAGCAGCAGCAGCAGCAGCAGCAGCAGCAAAUACACCUACACCACGCUGUUUCUCUGCCGGCCUCACCCGCUUCUGCAGCAACUUUGUCAACGAGAAACUGAUGCAGCACAUGCAGCAGCAGCUGCUGCACCAGCAGCUGCUGCAGCAGCAGCAGCAGCAAGCGCUAACCCUAAGAGAUACUGCAGAGUUGAAUCAAGGAAUGCAAAUGCUGCAGCAGCAGCUGCUGCUGAAGGAGCAAAAACUCCAGGCGCGGCGCCGCCGCCGGCAGCAGCAGCAGCAGCAGCAGCAGCAGCAGCAACAGCAGCAGCAGCAGCAGCAGCACUGCAACUUCACUCAAGGGGAUCUCGUAACUGGGCCACCUGCGCUUGCCGUGAUGGAAGGACGCAGCCGCAGCCGCAGCAGCAGCAGCAGCCGCAGCAGCAGCAGCAGCAGCAGCAGCAGCAGCAGCAGCAGCUGGCAGCAGCAAACAAGUGCGUUCUCGCUGCUUUGGGAUGCUGCGAGGUCCCCUAUUAUAAAAGACGAGAACAGAGACUGCUUCUUCUUUCAUCAGCUGCAGAAGCAGCUGCAGCAGCAGCUGCAGCAGCAGCUGCAGCAGCUGCAGGAUGCUGCGAGGUCCCCUAUUAUAAAAGACGAGAACAGAGACUGCUUCUUCUUUCAUCAGCUGCAGAACGAGGUGCGACGACAGCUGCAGCAGCAGCAGCCGCACCAGCAGCUCGGUCAACGGCAGCUGCAGAAGCAGCUGCUGCAGCUUGAGCAGCUGCAGUUGCAGCUGCAGCAGCAGCAGCUUUUCCUGCACCCAGCAACUCGGGCUCUUUCACAAAGCAGCAGCAGCAGCAGCAGCAUCAGCAGCAGCAGCAGCAGCAGCAGCAGCAACGAGAGUCGUCUUUCUUUAACCCUCAAGCAUGCAUGGGGGGACUGUACGUACACCGUAGACGGCUUUGCUGCUGCUGCUGUUCCCAGCAGCGCAGCAGCAAACCAGGUGCUGCUGCAUUUGUCUCCUCCGCUGCUGCCUUGGCUUCAGAAGAGACUAGCAGCACUCAGCAGCAGCAGCAGCAGCAGCAGCAACAGCAGCAACUGGUUGCUGGGGGCAUCCUGCUCUCUCCCUGCUGCAGCAGCAGCUUUACUUGAUUCUCUCUCUGCACCUACAUGCAGCUGCUCGUUUGCUUUGUGUCUUCCUGCUGCUGCGCUGCAGCAGCAGCUGCUGCAGCGGCGUCUCGGGCUGCCGCAGCACGCGCUGCUGCAGCACCGAUGGUUUCCGGUGUCUGUACACCGCGAAGCAGUCGAAGCAGCAGCAGCACAGCUGCUGCUGAACCAUGGCCACCCGGCUCCCUCCAGUGCUGCUGCUGCUGUUGCAGCUGUUGCUGCGUUUGUUGCUGCAGCAGCAGCAGCAGCAAGGUCUCAGAGCACCGCUAUUACGUCUGCUGCUGCUUCUCCCAUCCAAGCAGCAUCAACUGCCGAAGAACCAGUGGUUCUAGCAGCUGCAGCAGCAGCAGCAGCAGCAGCAGCAAGGGAGCAGCAAGAAGAAGCAGCAGAAGCAGCAGCAAGAGAGCAGCAAGAAGCAGCAGCAGCAGCAGCAAGGGAGCAGCAAGAAGAAGCAGCAGAAGCAGCAGCAAGAGAGCAGCAAGAAGCAGCAGCAGCAGAGAGGAAGCAGCAGAUCCGUUCAGCCCUGCGGUCACGGGUGUUGUGUAUUGCUGCCCUGGAGAAGCUGCGUAAACGCAGCAGCAGAAGAUGCCGGAUGGCAGCAGGAGCUGCUGCUGCUGCUGCUGCUGCUGCUGAUGCUGCUGCUGCUGCUGCUGCUGCUGCUGAAGGAGGAGUCAAUGAAGCUCCGGCAGCCGAAGCGCUGCAGCAGCAGGUCAAGGUGCAGCAGCAGCUGCAGCAGUAUUCGGUGGGCCCGUGCAGCAGCAGAACUACAGAUGACGAUAGCGACCAGCUGCCUGAAGAUGCCUCCAGGGAGCAGACAGUUGGCAUAGGAAGCUGCGAAGACACCGCAGCAGCAGCAGCAGCAGCAGCAGCAGAAGCAGCAGCAGCAGCAGCAGCAGAUGCUGAUGCAGAUGCAACAGGAGCAGAAGUAGGAGAAGCAGCGGGAGCAGCAGCAGCAGCAGCAGCAGCAGCAGGGAGAGAAGGCUUGAUUGAGGCGCAGGAGAGGCGACGCAGGCGGCAGAGGAAACAUCGAUCCUCAGCAGCAGCACCAACGUCAGAAGCAGCAGCAGCAGCAACAGCAUCAGCAGCAACAGCAGCGGCAGCAGCAGCAGCAGCAGCAGCACGGCGCGUAGGUCAGCAGUUGCAGCAGCAGCUGCAGCAGCAGCUGCUGCAUCCAGCGCUGCAGUGGCAACAACAGCUUUUGCUGCAGCAGCUGCAGCUCCCGGUGCAGCAGCAGCACAACGAACCACCGCCUCCUUUUUACUCUCAUCUGAGGCAGGCCGCGCUGCUACCGCAGCCGCAGCAGCAGCAGCAGCAGCAGCAGCAGCAGCAGCGCAUUGGUAUGGGCAGUAGACGCCAGCAGCGGUACCGCGCUGCACCCUUGUUGCAGCAGCCGCAGCAACACCAGAACCAACAGCAACCGCAGCAGCUUCUCAGCGAGCAGCAGCAGCAGCAGCAGCAGCAGCAGCAGCAGCAGCAGCAGCUGCAGCAACAAUUCCCCUUAUAUGCAUCAGAAGGAGAUUUGAUUAGCGGCCCUCCGCCGCCCCCGCCCCCGCCUCACCAGCUGCAGCAGCAGCUGCAGCAGCAACUGCUGCAGAAGCAGUUGCUGCAGCAGCAGCAAUUGCAGCAGCCCCUGCUGCAGCAGCAGGAGCAUGGCGGGGCCCGUGUGUUCUAUCUGUCUACUCAAAGAGAAGGCAUCAGCAAGAGCAGCAGCAGCAGCAGCAGCAGCAGCAGCAGCAGCAGCAGCAGAGGCCUAAUGACCCCUCCUCCUCCCCCCCCUCCGCCGCAUGCAGCAGCAAGAGGGGCCCGCUGGGUGCUGCGGGAUGGGGCUUGCAGCUGCGGUAGCAGCAGCAGCUGCAGUAGGAUUAGCGAUAAGAGUAGCAGCAGUGGAGGCAGCAUCAACAGCAAAAGCAGCGGCAGCAGCAGCAGCAAAACCAGCAGCAGCAGCCGCAGUUGUAGCAGCAGAAUCAAGAGCAGCAGCAAAAGCAGCAGCAGCAAAAGCAGCAGCAGCAAUAGCAGCAGCAGCAAUAGCAGCAGCAGCAAUAGCAGCAGCAGCAGACGCAGUAGCAGCAGCAAAGCAGCAGCAGCAAAAGCAGCAGCAGCAAAAGCAGCAGCAGCAGUAAAAGCAGCAGCAGCAAAGGCAGCAGCAGCAAAAACAGCAGCAGCAGCAAAGGCAGCAGCAGCAGAUGCAGUAGCAGCAGCAAAGGCAGCAGCAGCAAAGGCAGCCGCAGCAAAGGCAGCAGCAGCAAAAGCAGCAGCAGCAAAAGUAGCAGCAGCAAAAGCAGCAGCAGCAGCAAAAGCAGCAGCAGCAGCAAAAGCAGCAGCAGCAGCAGAAGCAGCAGCAGCAGCAAAGGCAGCAGCAGCAGCAGUAACAGAAGCAGUGGGAAAAGCAGCAGCUGCAAAAGCAGCAGCAGCAAAAGCAGCAAAAGCAGAAGUGUUAAUAGCAGCAGCAGCAGCAGCAGCUGCAGCAGCAGAAGCAGCAGCAGCAGCAGCAGCAGCAGCAGCUUGA